GCUGACGUGUCCCCUGCCCCCAGCGGUGCGGGCGGGACCGCAACAUGGCUGCGGCGCGGACGCUGCUGCUGUCGCUGCUGCUGUCGCUACUGCUGCCCUCACCGCCCGGACGGGUGCGGGGACAGUCGUCCCCAGGCCGCGGCCGCCGCCUCUCGGAGCUCAAGCGCUGCGCCGACGCUGAGUGCAGCAUGCUAAUGGCCCGGGGUGAAGCUCUUGGAGAUUUCACUGGCCCGGACUGUCGCUUUGUGAAUUUUAAAAAAGGUGACCCUGUGUAUGUCUACUAUAAACUGGCAGGCGUUUUGCCUGAAGUGUGGGCUGGAAGUGUUGGGCGUAUUUUUGGGUAUUUCCCAAAGGAUUUAAUCAGGGUAGACUAUGAAUAUACCAAAGAGGAGCUACAAGUUCCGGCAGAUGAGACGGAUUUCGUCUGCUUUGAUGGGGGAAGAGAUGAAUUUGAUAGCUAUGAUGUGGAAGAACUCUUAGGGUUUUUGGAAUUGUAUGAUUCUGCAACUGAAGAGUCUGCAGAAGAUUCUGGGAAGGAAGUGCCUCCUCGUGGAGAGGUGCCUCCCGCAGUGCCCGCAGGAAGUGGGCCCGCGCACGAGCCUGUGGACCGCGAUGCAGAGGGAGGUGGCCGUGUGCGCUCCGAGAGCUCCCAGGACCUCAGGGAGCCUGCACCGCCCAGGGAGCGCCAGCCUCCCACAGACCCAGGCCUGGCAGGGGCUGCUCAGGCAGCACCACCUCCCUCAGAGGCCUUUGAGGAAAUGCUGCAGGAGAAACUGAAAGUGCCAGAAAGCGAAGGCAACAGAACCGGCUCUCGUUCUCAGGCCUCUGGCGAGCAGAAGAUGGAUGCUUACAAGCUCCUGAAGAAAGAAAUGACUCUCGACCUGAAAACAAAGUUUGGCUCCACGGCAGAUGCCAUGGUGUCCGAUGACGAGACGACAGGACUGGUGACCGCACCAGAAGAGGACUUCGAUGAGGCACUGGACGCUGAGUCCUACAUGAUGGAGGGGGAGGAGGUGGAUGACAGCGACUUGGAGGAGCUGCCGCUCCUGACCUUCACUGACGCAGAAGAGCCGGGACCUGCAGGGGGGCCCGGGCCGGAGAAGUCCUCAGCGGAGGAGGCACAGAGCUCGGACGAGCAGGGCAAAGUCUUGGCAGCUCUGCCCCCUGGCGUGGGGACUGGCGAUAAGAACAUACUGACCGCCUGGGGGGACACUUUCUUCUCCAUCGUCACAGGAGGCGACGAGGGGUUGGGUGUCCAGGAUCUGGAGGGUUCUGAUUCAGAGGAAGAAAAGGAAGACGAUGAUGCUGCAGGCCCAGAGAGCAAACAGAGGAGCCCACAGACGCCCGCGGGUUCUUCUGGCCCUGAAACUCCUGGUGACUUUUUUGUAGAGGUCUUUAAAACAAAUGAUGAAAAUGACCCAGGAGUGGACACAGAACCUCCCAAUAAAGAAAAAGCCAGGGAUAUUCAGGAGCCCACAGCUGCCCUGGUGCAAGAUGAAUCCCAGUCGGAGGGUGCACAGCUCCCGGGGGUUGAUGGGCAGAGGACUGGGCCGGGUCCCGAGAAAGGCAAAGACCCCCUUCCACCAGCCUUGGAGAACAGAGAUGGUGACCCGCAGGAAGCAGGUGUCCGUGUCGUAAAAGACGCGCUCCAGGAAGGAGAGCCUGCAGCGGAGACCCCGGCUGGUGGCUCGAAGAGCAGCUCAGAGAGUGGCAGGGAGCAGAAAACAGCAGGUAGUCGGACAGGAAGGGUGCGAGAGCAGGAGCUCUCCGGGGCCGAGCAGCCCUCGGGGGAGGAUCGGCACAGUGCACCCAGAGACGGGGUGCAGGUGGCAGGGGGCUCGGCAGGGGGACCCGACCGGCACCCCAGUGCAGCACAGCGCCAACUUCAGGAGCACAACGAGGAGCCAGGUCUUAAAGCCCAACGUCAGCCGCAGUUCUCUUCUCCAGCCGGAGCAGGUUUGUCAGGAAAAUCGAAAGAGGAGGUCCCCGCUCUGGGAGGAAAUCUUUCCCCGCCACAGCAGAGAGAUGCGGCCGCCGCCCUUGGUCAGCGAGCGAUUGAGGACACGGAGUCGGCUGCGGACUCAGCUCAGCCCCAGGCAGAGCAGGAGGCAGACGGGGCAGAGGAGAGAGGGGGACUGGGCAGCACGGCUGCUCCAGGCUCCCCUGCUGCGGAGACAGAGGGGGAGGAGGGGGAGACGGAGGAGGAGGAGGAGGGCGAGGAGGAGGAGCUCCCAGAGGAGCUGAUGGAGGAUGAAAACGCUGUAAGUGCAAAGCAGUCUCAAGAAAUCCUCCCGGAAGUCUGGGACAGGAAGUCGCAUAUUAGUCCAGGACGCUCUGAGGAAGCGCAUUUAGGGACUGUUCGUCUCAAUCCAGAAACCAAAGAAAACCAACAAGACCUGAAUGUGACUGCUGUGAUUGAAAAAGAAAAUGCUACUGCAGCAAGAGAGGGAGGCAGGGGGCCAGGCAGCGUGGAGGUGGGGGCAGAGGACGGAAGUCCUCCCACAUGGGACGGGGAUGGAGCCCAGGCAGCACCAGAAUCCAGCGGCCCUGAGGGCCAGGACAGAGUCCCCUGGCCAGGGCCAGGCAAGGUGCUGCAGGAGAAUGGUGUGGCGGGUGUACGGCAGGAUGGGGAGAGGCCCGUUGGGGAGCUCUCUGAGGAGGCUGGGGAUGCGGGACACCUGGGGCCCGCCUCUGCAGACCCCAGAGACGACCCGUCCCCGGGGAGUCCACACGCUGGGCUUGCAGCAGGGCUGGAUGGCAGCGUGGAGGACUGGCCCGUCAUCGGCAGCUUCUUCAAGGAGCAGCAGUCCUUGCAGCGCUUCCUCAAGUACCUCGACGCCCGCUUGCUGGAAGCUAUGCUGCAGGACAUGUCCUCAAAGCUGAGGGCCGCACAGCGGGAGAGCCUGCCCUACAACGUGGACAAGGUGCUGGACAAAGUCUUCCGGGCCUCCGAGUCCCAGAUUCUGAGUGCAGCGGAGAAAAUGCUCGAUGCCCGAGUGACCAGAAACAGCAUGCUGGAGGAGUUGGCAGAGUAUGCGGUGCUGGACGAUGUCCAGGACCUGAUCUACUUUGUCAGGUACAAGCACUUGGCCGAGGACACACGCGCCCCGCUGACCACAGCCCCGCCACUGGGGGAAGCCUGGAGCAGACCCACCCAAGAGAUGCAGCCGCCCCCAGGCGAUCCCUUCCCACGAGAGACCUCCGAAGACCUGAGCUUGGAAGAGCCGAGCUCGCAGCUCCCGGAGGAGCCUGGCCUCCAGAGCCAACCCGGGGCUGGGGACGCCGGCGCCCCUGAAGCGGCUCAGAGCCCGAGUCCGCAGGAGGACGAGGCUCCAGGGGUGGCGACCACGACAGGCUCCGGAGCCGAGCCUGGGGGCGCCGAGAAGCCGGAGGCGGAGCCGGGCGGGGAGGAGCUGGGCCGCAGCGGGCCUCUGGCUGGCGCGGUCCUGGCAUUGCGCUCCCUCCUGCCCUACCUGCGCGAGACGCUGAUCGCUACACUGCCUGAGGAUGUUCAGCCUGGACCCGACUUUUACGGGCUUCCCUGGAAGCCCGUGCUGCUUACUGCCUGUUUGGGAAUUGUUUCCUUUGCCGUCUUCUUCUGGAGAACUGUUCUUGCAGUGAAGGAGAGAAUGUACCAAGUCACUGAAGAGCAGAUUUUGGAAAAGGUGAAGAGUACCACAAAGGAAAAUGCAGAACUUGUACAAAAAGUGUCAGAUUAUGAGCAAAAGGUCAAGGAAUCAAAGAAGCUUGUUCAAGAAACCAAGAAGCAAAAUAAAGUUCUCUCUGAUGAAGCAAUUCGAUACAAGGAUAAAAUCAAGAUACUUGAAGAAAAUAAUGAAAUUCUGAGUGACACAGCUGAAAGUCUUCGUGUUCUGUUAGAAUCUGAGAGGGAACAAAAUGUGAAAAAUCAGGACUUGAUUCUAGAAAACGAGAAAUCUAUGGAGAAGUUAAAGGAUGUUAUUUCAGUGAAUGCCUCGGAGUUUUCGGAGGUUCAGGUUGCCCUGAAUGAAGCCAAGCUUAGUGAAGAGAAGGUGAAGUCCGAGUGCCACCGGGUUCAAGAAGAAAACACGAAGCUGAAGAGGAAGAAAGUGCAGCUGGAGCAGGAAAUUGAAGACUGGAAGAAGUCGAAUGCUGAGCUCAGCGAGCAGCUCAAAGCCUUCCAGAAGUCUCAGAGGCGUGUGGAAGCUGCGCUCGCACACAAGGACGAUAGUAUUGGGGCUUUGUCCAGUUGCAUCACACAGUUGAAUCAGUUAGAGCACGGAUCUGAAUCCGAGGGUACAAGCCCAGGCGGAAAGGAGCCAGAUGAAUUAGCCAACGGAGAAGUGGGAGGUGACCAGAGUGAGAUGAAGAGUCAGAUCAGGCAGAUGAUGGACGUCUCUCGGACACAGACCUCGAUUUCAGUGCUUCAGGAGGACCUCAGACUCCUACAGGGGAAGCUGCGGGCGGUGAUGUCCGCCAAGUGCGACCUGGAAGACGAGAUGAAGAAGCUGGGCGAGGACUGCAGUGCACUAGAGGCCACCAAGGCCGGGCUGGAGGAGGAGUGCGGGACGCUGCAGCAGAAGGUGGAGAUUCUGAACGAGCUGUACCAGCAGAAGGAGAUGGCGCUGCAGAAGAAACUGAGUCAGGAAGAAUAUGAGCUGCAGGCUCGAGACCAGCGGCUGUCGGCUGCUGAUGAGAAGGUGGUGCUGGCUGCGGAGGAAGUCAAAGUGUACAAGCAGAGAAUUGAAGAAAUGAAGGAAGAACUACGGAAGACAGAGCGCUCAUUCAAAAGCCAGCUGGCGACCCACGAGAAGAAAGCUCACGAGAACUGGCUCAAAGCUCGCAACGCAGAAAGGCUGAUCGCUGAGGAGAAGAGAGAGGCCGCCACCCUGCGGCACAGAUUAGUGGAAAUGACCCAGAAGAUGGCCAUGCGGCAGGAUGAACCUGUGAUUGUGAAACCGAUGCCAGGAAGACCGGUGGCACAGAACGCUCCCCGGAGAGGUCCCCUGAGCCAGAACGGCUCUUUUGGGCCGUCCCCCGUGAGUGGCGGUGAGUGCUCCCCGCCUCUGAACGCAGAGCCCCUGGGCCGGCCACUGUCUGCGACCUUCACACGAAGAGACAUGCCAAGAAGUGAAUUCGAUCCAGGCCCUGGCCCCGGUCCCGGACCCGCGGGGAACAGCGGUUCGCGAGGCUCUUCCCCGGCGAAGGGCAUGGACGAGGGCAAGGUGAACGUGGCCGCGAAGGGGCCCCCUGCGUUCCCAGGGCCACCAUUCAUGGGAGGCCCGAUGCCGCCACCUAUGGGGUACGGACCGCCGCCACCCCAGCUCUGUGGGCCCUUCGGGCCUCGGCCGAUGCCGCCUCCACCUCCACCGUUCGUGCCUUACCUGUGCCCGCCGCUGGGCCUGAGGGAGUUCGCCCCGGGCGUCCCGCCUGCACGCCGAGACCUGCCUCCGCACGCCCGCGAGUUCGUGCCUGGACCCGCGCCAUUCCGACCUCCGGGCCCGCCCGGCCCCCGGGAGUACUUUAUUCCCGGCCCUCGAUUGCCGCCGCCGCCGCCCGCCGGCCCCCAGGACUACGCGCCGCGGCUUCCCGAGGGAGACUCCCUGCUCUCGGGCCCCAGGGACCAGCCCGCUGCCGGCCGGGACUCUUCGCAGGCUCUGAGGCAGAGCCCGUGAGUGACCUCCGCGCCGAGGGGACUGGACUGCACUAUUCAGAUGGCAGAGGCUUCCACUGGCUUUGAAAUCCGGAAGUUUAUUUUCACAGGUUUUUAGUACUCAGCUGCCUUGGGCAGUGUGCAUUUUUGAGCCAAACAAUUCAAAAGUCAUCUUCCCCUCUAAAAAUCGCCUCUUAAGCUUGAGUGUCCUUCCAACUUUGAAAUGUGCAAUAACGAUACCUGUGUUUUAGUUAAUGUAGCAUAUAUAAUUGCAAAAUGAUUCAGAAUGUCAUAAAAAUGACCAUUUCCUGUGGAAAUGCUUUAAGAACACGUGUUUCCAUUAUUGUAUUUUUGGUGUACCAACUGAAUACAGAGCAAUGGUGUUUAUACGCUUGGCCCCGCCCCGCCCCGCCCCUCCCCAUACUGGUCGAAAAGACUGUUACGUAAAGAUGUUUACUCAAAGAUCAUAAACUUUAUCUCCCCUCUCGCUGAUGCCCUUUGUAGUAAUAGCUAAUAAAAACUUGUUUGUUAAUAUUCC